AUGGCGUACACUUCCGGUAUCGAGGAUGUAGACCUGAUAGAAGUACUUUGGAAACAAGAUGUCGAUCUCGGUUUUUCUCUUAACAAUUUCAAUUCUCCCAAAGAGGAAAUACAGAAAAAGGAAGUUUUCGACGAGGACGACAUUGAAAAGUUGAAAGCUUUGGAAGAAUUGAAAAAUGAAAAUUCGAACGAUGAUGAUGAUGAUGAUGAUGAUGGGAAAACAUCCGCCGAAUCCAACGUCAAGAUCUCUCAAAUGAAAGAUGAAGGAGCAGAAGAAGAUGAAGCAGAAGAAGCAUUUUCAUUUUGCGUGAAUGAAUGUUUUUAA